UAACCUCCCCACCCCAAUAGGAUCUGGUGGAAGAAAAGUCGGGCAAACACAAGCACGCACGCACCACUGGGAGAUCAGAACUUCUAGCUGGCUCUCUGCUGCCACAGCUCCGCCGAAGGGAGGGGGCGGAAGACGCGGACUAAACUCACAGCUGAGCGGAGAGGAAGGUGUGUGCAGGUGCAUCACCUGGAUCAUGAGGUCACCCCUCUGCUGGCUCCUCCCACUUCUCAUCUUGGCCUCGGUGGCCCAAGGCCAGCCAACAAGACGACCAAGACCCGGGACUGGGCCGGGGCGCAGACCCAGACCCAGGCCCCGGCCCACACCCAGCUUUCCUCAGCCUUAUGAACCAGCAGAGCCAACAGACCUGCCUCCUCCCCUCCCUCCAGGCCCUCCAUCCAUCUUCCCUGACUGUCCCCGCGAAUGCUACUGCCCCCCUGAUUUCCCAUCUGCCCUCUACUGUGAUAGCCGCAACCUGCGCAAGGUCCCCAUCAUCCCGCCCCGCAUCCAUUACCUCUAUCUCCAGAACAACUUCAUCACUGAGCUCCCGGUGGAGUCCUUCCAGAAUGCCACAGGCCUGCGAUGGAUUAACCUGGACAACAACCGAAUCCGCAAGAUAGACCAGAGGGUGCUGGAGAAACUGCCUGGCCUAGUGUUCCUCUACAUGGAGAAGAACCAGCUGGAAGAGGUCCCCUCGGCCCUGCCCCGGAACCUGGAGCAGCUGCGGCUGAGCCAGAACCACAUCUCCAGAAUCCCACCUGGCGUCUUCAGCAAGCUGGAGAACCUGCUACUCCUGGAUCUCCAGCACAACAGGCUGAGCGACGGCGUCUUCAAGCCCGACACCUUCCAGGGCCUCAAGAACCUCAUGCAGCUCAACCUGGCCCACAACAUCCUGAGAAAGAUGCCGCCCAGGGUCCCCACCGCCAUUCACCAGCUCUACCUGGACAGCAACAAGAUUGAGACUAUCCCUAACGGUUACUUCAAGAGCUUUCCCAAUCUUGCCUUCAUUCGACUCAACUACAAUAAGCUGACGGACAGGGGGCUCCCCAAGAACUCCUUCAACAUCUCCAACCUGCUCGUGCUCCACCUGUCACACAACAGGAUCAGCAGUAUGCCCGCCAUCAACAACAGGCUGGAACACCUGUACCUCAACAACAACAGUAUCGAGAAAAUCAACGGAACCCAGAUUUGCCCCAACGACCUAGUCGCGUUCCAUGACUUCUCCUCGGACCUGGAGAACGUGCCACACCUGCGCUACCUGCGGCUGGAUGGGAACUACCUGAAGCCGCCCAUCCCGCUGGACCUCAUGAUGUGCUUCCGCCUCCUGCAGUCCGUGGUCAUCUAGGCCCUGCUCCCCCACGGAUCUGCUCUGACCGCACUUGAAGGCUGGGGCCCAGGCGCCUGUGCCCGCCACUCGUUUUCUCUCUGUCCCUUUCUUGCUCCCAGCUUUGCCUCCCUUAUCCCACCCUCGAGGCAGGGAAAAGCCAUCCAUUCUGCUGCAGCCUCAGGAGCGAGACUUCCAAGGGCUCGGUUUGGUCCCACCCAGUUGAAAGACACCCAGUGCACACCCAAACUCCUGGCCUUCUGUGGUUUCCCUUUGCUCCAGAAACACAGAUGUGUCUAAAGACUUGGUGUCCCCUGUCUCUCCUCCCCCACCCGCCACUCCUGGGGACAUCUGGGCCACAGGCUGACUGACAUCUGAUCUUGGUCCUGGCCCAGCAAGCGGCCCGGAGGUAAGGUUCAGAAAGUCCCCCUGGGGACGCCUCCAUCUUGGGCAGCUCUGGCUCCAAGAGGCCGAGAAACCCAGUUCUCCUCGGCCUCGGAUCCCUUCUGGCAAAGCUGCUGCUCCGCCGCGCGGUUCCCCGGCCCCAGACCUCGCCCUGGCCCUGCUGGCCCAGGUCUCCGGGAAGGAGGAGCGAGGGAAGGACGAGGGGCUGCAGGCUCAGGGCUCCCGCGGGGGCCCUCCCGCCCCAGGGUGAGCAGAGCUCACUCGCUCCUGGCUGGGGCGCAGGAGGGACAGCCGAGGAGCAGAAUGGCCCAAGGAACUAGGAAGCAGCCAUGGGAGGGGGCGGCUCAAGCCUUGGACGGGCCCCCUUGCCCAGCCUCGGGUUAGGGAGCGGCGUUCACAGCGUUUGCGUGGGGGCGGGGAGGGAAGAGGCAGCAGCCCCGCCCCCGCCAUCUGUUCUCCAUCAGGGCGCGCGGCCCGGCCACUUCCACCCCCGGGAGGCGGCUCCUGAGAAACAGAGGAAGGCGCGGGGCAUCUGCACACGUGCACGGAGCCCCUCGGUGCUGGAAAACGCGCCUCCGCCUCGGAGACAGACGCGCCGGCGCCACCUCGUGGCUGGUGCGGGUAACAGCCGGCCCGAGUCUCCCGCCCGCACUCUCCCGGGGGUGAUCGUCCUCGGCGGAGGAGCCCCCGUGGGAUCCCUAACAUGGAAGAGCCGUGGGCCGUGUGCAUGGUGUCGCUCGUCUCCAGGGUCUAAAGGGCACAAGGGUCCCCAGGCUGGGGCUCAUUCCCAUGAUGAGUGAGCCCAGGGGAGGACGUAGGCGGUUCCCGUUUGUGGCAUGCCCUUUCCGGGUGGUGCCGUCUCAGUUCCAGCAUCUGGAAACCGAGGACGUCGAUAAGAUGCUCCUGGCUGGGCGCGGUGGCUCACGCCUGUAAUCCCAGCAUUUUGGGAGGCCGAGGCGGGUAGAUGAUUGCCUGAGCUAAAGAGUUCGAAACCACCCUGACCAAUAUGGUGAAACGCCGUCUCUACUAAGAUGCAAAAAGAUUAGCCAAGUGUAGUGGCGCAGGCUUGUAAUCCCAGCUACUGGGAGGCUGAGGCAGGAGAAUCGCUUGAGCCUGGGAGCUGGAGGUUGCAGUGAGCCGAGAUCAUGCCACUGCACUCCAGAGUGGGCGACAGAGUGAGGCUCUUAUCUCAAAAAAGAAACAACAACAAAAACGAUGCUCUUCUGAGGUCCCUGCGACGCUCCGCUCCGAAUCUGCGGCUCCACACUAAAUCAUCCUCGAAUACAGGACAAGUCCUAAAUCUUUGCCCCUUCCCUUGCAGUAAUUUAUUUUCUAUAUGGACUGUCCCUCCGCCAGAGGCUUCCCCACCCUCCAUCCCUGGCCUAGGUGAGCAGCUUGGCGGGUCUCCAAGUGGAACCCGGCCCAGACAAGGCUGCCUCGACUUCACCUUUCCCCCUAACUUCCUCCAAGGGAUGAUGCCCCUUCUCAGCCUGUGUAUGUUGGUGGGAGGCGUAGGGGAUAGAUGUUCUAGAAAUGAGUAAGACACAGUGCCCGCCCCGAAGUUAGGUUGCAAAAAGUUCCAGAGGUUUUCAAGAAAUUGGGUCUUGAAGUUAGCUGGGUCCCUAACUUCAAGAAAUUCCCAUUAUGCUCCUUCUCACCUUUCUCUUUGGCUAAUUAUGGAAAAUAGGGCCCAUUUCAUCAUAGCCUCCUCCUGUACUCCGCUAAGAUCGCCGCGUUCAUCCUAGCUGCAGCUGGUUUCUCCAAGGCUCCUGCUUAAAGUCGACAUAUUAUUAUGGCUGAAAGCCACUUGAGCCUGGAUAAGCCCUUCUGCAUCUUAUUCGCAGCUUGCAAUCCUCAAGGUUGAUGAGGCCCUCGGGGAAGAGGUCAUUCCCUUGAUCCUGCAAACCCAGACUCGUUUAGCAGCAAGGCAAUCUCCAUCAUCCCAUUGCCCAAUCUAGAGUCUGUCUGCUCUCUCCAUCACUCUCUGCAGCUGUAAGCCAGAGGGGACUCAAGGUAAACCGGCUUUACAGGCUCCCCUCCCCCAAAACACACACACCAUGUGCUGGUUUUUGUGUUUAAAAAAGCCCCCUUCUCCAUGCACAAGUUCAUUCCCUCCAUGCUGUUGUCAUUGACAUAUACAGGUGUGUAUGUGUGCUCUGCAUGUGUAUCUCUUCUCUCUUGAAGACCGUGGUAACUUUGUGAAAUAACUUCCAUAUUUCAACACGCUUCACAGUAGAGGAAAUAAAGUAAUAUG